AUGGCUAUACAAAGAAUCGGCUCAAACAAGCUGAAAGGAACUACGUUGAUUUCAGGUUUUCCACGAUCAUUGUCCCAAGCUGAAGCCUUACAUUCCAGUGGAUUGGCGUUUGAUAUUGUCCUCAACCUGAACAUUCCAGACCACAUUAUCAUAGACAGAAUAAAGGGAAGCUUGAAGGAAUUUGACAUAAGGUCACGCAAGGAUUAUCUGCAUGAAAGUAUCCUGAAAUCGGACCAGCAGAUUGAGGAAGAUUUCUUUUCCAUAAAGGGAAAACUAGCCCUGUUCCAAGACAGCCAAACAAAUGAACUGAGUGGAUCAGAUUGA